GGAUGGGAGCUGCCUCUGGUUUUACUAAGACACUACUCCUUACCAAUCCAUAUGUGAGGAAUCCGGCAGGUGCUACGAGUACCUUCUCUUGAGUCUUACCAGAGGUAGCUUAAGGCGCCUUCCAUUGGGAAACACGCGCACACGCAAUGGAAGGCAUGAAUGUGUAUACUCCAUAAGGUACUUUCCACGUUGACAAUAAACGGGGUCCCAAGGAAAGCACAAGUUCGGGUCGGAUAUAUCCAUGGCUGCCGCCCGUACCUACCUUCAGUACGGAGUAGCAGAUGUGCCCGGCACGUGAGGUCUCGUCGGGGUACGUAUCCGUAGUGAAAUAUUCGCGAUGGAAGGUCCCAAGGGCCAAGGUCGCCAAAUCAAAAGUGGGAGAAAGACAACAGCUGGAACGGAAACCUCCACCGUGGCACCGUUCGCCCGUCUCGUGCUUCAGCUCCGACUCAGCCCUCACCUUUUCGAGGGUUUUCCCAUUUUGCAUUUCCAAGUUUAUGGCAAAUUACUUCCACUCCCAUCCGCCCCCUCCCCCAAUGACCCUCUCCCCAUCUUGUAUCCGUAUCUGCAAGGUGUUACGAUUACGAUGCCUGAGUACCUUGCCUGGGGCCACAAUGCAGAAGAGGCGAGGGACCCGAUGCCAAUGGAAUUGAUCAUGGGAAAUUGCCCACCAAUUCCAUACUGGCAUUCCUCAUCUUUCGCAUUUCUCCCGUCUUUUCCCCAUCCAUUCGUUCCUCCUCCUCCUCCUCCUCCUCCUCCUCCUCCUCCUCCUCCUCCUCCCCUUCACCCCGUGUCCUUCCGCUCUCCAACCCCCCCCCAGUCGCCCAUCAUUCCCAUCCCGUCUGCCCGUCCCCCGUUCACCCGUUCCCCGACCAUUGUCGGACUUCUGCCCGGGCAUCCAUUUUCGGCCGGUGGAUUCCUUCCGCAAAGCGCAGUCGUAACCCUCCCCGUGCCCCCCCUCAAGCCGCAAGCCAUUGGGUCUCACUCUGCAUCCAUCGCAUCCAUGGUUCCUCCCACUCUGUCCCACGCAUUUUGGCAUUGA